UUUUUUAUUAUUUAAAAGAGACUUUGUUUCCAUUUAGAUGUAGAUUAAAGGGCUGUGAAGGUUCUGUUCCAGUAAUUGGCUGUAGAAGCAGGAAUUCCCUUAUUUCCCUUGCAAGCUGCUGCUUGAACUCUUGACUUCUUUUUGUCUGCAGAUUAGCCACCCUGGAGGGAAUGAGAAAACAGCAUUCAUCCCUAUAGCACCAUGGCUGUCCGGACCUUCCUGAUACUCUGUGCCGUUCUAACUAGUUUACCUGCAGUCUUCCUUCAGCCUGCUGAGAAAGAGGUAUUUUUAAAGCCUGAAAAUGCAAACAGUUUGUUAAGGCGUACGAAGCGCGCAAACUCACUGUUUGAAGAACUGAAAAAAGGAAACCAGGAAAGGGAAUGUAAUGAGGAAACCUGUUCCUAUGAGGAAGCUCGGGAGAUCUUUGAGAAUGAUGAAAAAACUAAAGAAUUUUGGAGCAAGUAUUUUGAUGGUGACCAGUGUAAUUCAAAUCCUUGUCUUUAUGGUGGGUCAUGUAAAGAUGGGGUUGGUGAAUACACAUGUCUUUGCAACCCUGGUUUUGAUGGCAAAAUCUGUGAAAUAGUUAAACUACAAUUGUGCACCUUAAAUAAUGGUGACUGUGAACAAUACUGCAAAGUAGUAGACAAGACUGUGACUUGUUCUUGUACGGGUUAUGUACUGGGAGAAGAUGGAAAAUCCUGCAUUCCAACUGUGCAAUAUCCCUGUGGACGAACUGUGGUGGGGAGACUUAGGAGAUCAGCAGUUGUGAAUAAAAAUGAUAACACAAACAAUACCAGUGAUCGUCCAAAAGAAAAUACUCCUAAAAACCACACAAACUCUGUCUCUCCUAAUAGCAAUAUGGGGAAGAAGGAUGAAUCAGACGGCAGAAUUGUGGGUGGCAGAGAUUGUAACCCUGGUGAAUGUCCAUGGCAGGCACUUUUGGUGAAUGAAGAUAAUGAAGGAUUCUGUGGGGGAACUAUUCUUAACCAACAAUUUGUACUCACUGCAGCCCACUGUAUUAACCAGACCAAAUACUUUAAAGUUGUUGUUGGUGAAGUGGAUUUGGAAAAGAAUGAAGGUACAGAAUCAACACACAAAGUAGAAAAAAUAAUCGUUCACCCAAAAUUUGUUAGGAUGACGUAUGAUUUUGAUAUAGCUGUGAUCAAGCUAAAAGAAGCAAUUAACUUCACCAACUUUAUCAUCCCUGCAUGCUUCCCUGAGCCUGACUUUGCUGAUGAUGUCUUGAUGGAUCAAGAAUCUGCUACUGUUAGUGGCUUUGGACGUCUUUAUGAUAGAGGAAUUCAGGCUAAAAAACUUCAGGUGCUCCAAGUUCCUUACAUUAAAAGGCAUGACUGUAAAGAAUCCAGUACCUUUGCCAUUACUGAGAAUAUGUUCUGUGCUGGCUUUGAUAUUGAGGUGAAAGAUGCUUGUCAAGGUGACAGUGGAGGUCCACAUGUCACUCCAUACAAAGGCACAUACUUUGUGACCGGAAUAGUCAGCUGGGGAGAAGGGUGUGCUCAAAAAGGCAAAUAUGGCGUAUACACAAAGGUUUCCAGGCUACACAAAUGGCUUAAAGGAGUAUUAAGAAAAAACCAGUAAAGUCCAUGACAAUUAACACUUUAAUACUACGUAUAAUUUGUAAGAUCAUUUAAAUCCUAUGAGCUUACUAUUUCCUUUAAGGUAUUCAUUUGAUUUUGCACAUAACUGACAUGAAUAUAAAUAUAUUAUUCUCAGCAGCGUGUAUGACAUGCAAAACAUGAUCUUUUUAAUGUUUUUUUAAUAUAUGUAUUCAUUAGACAUGUGAGAGAAGCUUUCCCUUCAGUUAAUGAUAUAUCUCUAGACGUGUUGUCUGGUAUAUCAGGGUAAAAUAUGCAAACACUGUUUGAAGGAACAUGACAUAAAUAUCAAUUUAAUAUAAUAUAUUGGAAAAGUAAGAACCGUAUACACAAUAUAUCUAAAUAAAUAAUACAAUUUUGAUUUAUGUAUAAGGUUGUUGAAACAUUGUAAAAGAGACAUGGGAGUCAAAAUUCAAUUCAAUUAUUUUCUUCUAUCAAAUUCACUUUUUUUCAUUUGUUGAAAUUCAGCUCCUUUCCAUAAGAGCACAUGCUCAGGAUUACAGAACGUUUCGUGUCAAGCACUAUAUGAAUAUCUAUAUAGAUAGAUAAAUGUCAUCCAAAAUAAAUCAGCCAGAACUGUUUUUAUGAUUUUUUCUUCUAUAUGAGAAGAAUUUGUUUCCAUUUUAUCUUCUUAAAAUAAAGUACUUUUAAUCAUAUCAAAAUAAA